AUGGCAGAAUCAAAUCAGACAGCUUUUCACAUCUCACACUUCAUCAUUGUGGGUUUUCCAGGAAUUCAGGACUUGCCAUCAAGAAUCAUCCUUUUUACCAUAUUCCUUCUCUUAUACACAGUAACAGUCUUGGAAAACAUCAUAUUUAUCACUAUCAUAAAAGUGGAUGAAAAGCUGCAUUCGCCAAUGUAUAUUUUAAUCUUCAAUUUAGCUGUCUUGGACUUAUCCUUACCUUCAGUGACAAUUCCAAACAUGUUGCAAUAUUUACUAACAGAUUAUAAAGCUAUAGAGUUUAGUGCUUGUAUUUUGCAGAUGUUUUUGUUCAGAGUUCUCAAUGUUGCAGAAGGUUUCAUGCUUGCAGUCAUGGCAUAUGACCGUUACCAGGCCAUAUGCAACCCACUUCGUUACCACGCAGUAAUGACUGACAAGUGUACAAUCAGACUUUCGGCUUGCUGCUGGAUAAUUGCGGCAGUUACUGCAGUCCCUUCUACAUAUUCCAUUCUCAGCACUCCUUUAUGUGGACACAAUCUGAUUUUUAAUUUUUUUUGUGACAAUGUUUCUAUUAUUGCAUUGGCAUGUGCUAACCCAAAAUUACUUUCUGUCAUUACUCUCUGUUUAGGACUGAUUGGUAUGGUUACUGUGCUGUUUUUUGUUGUCUUUUCUUACACAAAAAUCCUUCUGUUGGUGCUGUCUGUUGCUAAAUCUGAAGAAUUGUGGAAAGCAUUUUCAACUUGUGCAAGCCACCUGCUUGUUAUUGCCGUUUACAUAUUUGCCACCGCUUUUGUUGCUAUCUUUUCUAGAUUGCCAGGCAUUUCAAAAGAUGCUGUGAUAAUGGCAGGAGUGAUACAGAAUAUUCUACCACCACUGGUCAAUCCGAUGAUUUACUGCCUAAAAACAAAAGAGAUUAGAACAAGCAUACGGAGGCUUGCAAAAGAAAUAUCAACAAAGUACAAAGGUAUUAAAUAUUGA